AUGUGUAAGUUGAUAGUACAACAGGAAUGGGGUAAUUUAACGUUUUUCAGUGAUGACCAACCAAGUAGCAUUUGUGCUACUCACUGCGCACCUCUUGCUGAACAUACUCUGUGUCGCCGAAGACCGUGAGUUCAAACCACAACAAAAAUCUAAAAGCUGUUAGCGAAUGAGACAAAUAAAGAGAAGGAUAUCGAAAGUGAGAAAGGGGAAAAGGGAGCAUUGUGCUUCGAAUAAUGCAAUUUCUGAGUGACAUGAAUACAUCCGGCAGUCUCCUAUAGAAGAGCACUUUGCAAACAAAUCCCUUUUCUCUCUUUUGUGGCCUCUAAUGCCACCACACUUUUGGCAGUCUCAGUUUCUGAAUGUCUUUCCUUUGUCAAAAGUAUGUUUUUUUCCAGAAAAACUCGUGUACCGAAACGAUGAAGUGCGCCGAAUCCUGAAAGCUGCGGUGAACUCACCACCAGUGCCGUCGUCAAAAUCUGAGUCUUCAAACCCUCCGAUCUUGGAGAAGGAAGAGAAGAACGGGACGGGUGCUGAUGAAAGGUCAGUGACAUGUGUUUGUGCGCAUCGUUAGCGCGCGCGAAGCAACAGACCGAUGGCCGACCUCUCCCGCUUGUUCGAUAGAUACAGCUGCUGCUUGGAACCGACAACCACCCCGCCGCACACCACAACCACCAAAAUACACCUUUUCUUGCUUGCCUCCUCCCCCCAUACAUCUUUAUUCUGUUGUUGCACAAGAAAAAGAAAAGAACGAAACAUUCGUUGGUCUCACUCUCAUUUCUCUACAUAAAAAAUGAGGGUGUGAGUGAGUGAGCGCCACGCAAUAGUCCGGUCCAAAUUUAACCUUAGCCCUUCCAAUUUUCUACUCGAGCGACCGGAAAACAAUUAGAUAUGCGUCUUUACUCUCUAUUAUCUCAAUCUUAAAUCGCUUUUUCCCCUUUUUUCAACAAAAAAAACCGGGUCACAACGCAAGCACGCGGCUCGCUGAACACGUGCAAUUCAUGUGUCCCCCGUCCCCGUUUUUCUUGGUUGAAUUGCUUUGGGCUUCCGUAUUCUGUUUCCUAAGCACACAUCUGAAGUGUCGUGUAGUCGUCGCUUCGUCACAGACUACUUUAAAACAGAUCUUUUCAAAAAAAAUUUGAGUAGCGUAGAACAAUCGCGAAAUUUGAAACGCUAUUUGCUUGCACUCUAAAUUUGUUUUCCAAAUUGCGUAGGAUCAUCGAAACGGUUCGAAGUAUAGAAAAAAAUGAGAGGGAAAGGAAGGGAAGCACAUGAUCUUUGCAACUGCUCACCAGAAAUCAGACAUCGUCCGCAGGCAGCAAAAAAAGAAAGAAGUACUUCUAUUUCACACACAUUCGCCCCCGUCACAUUCUGUCGAGGUCCAUUCCGUCUGUCAUCUGUUGUUUACCCAUUCUCCCCUGUCUAUCAGUAUUAUUCGUUCCAAUUCUCGCGCCACUACUAUCGUUCUACAUCGUCGACGCUUCUUCUUGUUUUUCGAGUUUUCGCUCCAUUUCACCAUUUCAUGUUGUCCCUCUUUACCUCUCCCCUCUUUGAUGUCUCAGCGGGACGUGAGGUUGAGGUCAUCGCAUGUUCCGUUGCUUGGCGACUGUCUACACAGAUUGAAAACAGUCAAUAAAAACCCAAACAAGAAAAAUAUUCAUUUCAGCAUGGAUGCCGAAGGUGAAUGGGUGCAAAAUGCACCAACGGAGGAAAUCGAAGAGGCCCAACAUCUUCUGGAUACUGUCCAUCUCGACUUCCAACUCACUCACAAACCGCUCGCCUUCAUCGGACUCAUCAUUCUCGUCACUCUCGCUAAACCCAGUACGUUUUUGUACACACUAUACUUAGGAAACAUUGACUUUUUCAGCCCUCCACUGGCGUUACUUCCAUAUGCUCCCAGAAUCCGUCGUUCUCAUGAUGUACGGAGUCAUCGCUGCGAUCGUCGUUCGAUUAGUGUCCGGUGACCCGCGCCCACUCGACAGCUACCUUUUCUUCAUGAUUCUUCUUCCUGCGAUUGUGAAUGAUGCGGGGCUGUCAAUGCAGAAGAAGGAGUUCUUCCUGGCUCUGCAGAAGAUCCUGCUCUUUGCAGUCGUUGGCACCGUCAUGACAGCACUUUCUCUUGCCUCGACUUUCUACUACUGCGAGGACUACUUCAGCUUUGCUCCCGGAUUCCUCCAUAUGCUCGUCUUCGGAACUCUCAUCAGUGCUGUCGACCCCGUCGCUGUUCUGAGCACUUUUGCCGAGUUGGACGUCAAGAAAACGCUCUACAUUUUGAUCUUCGGAGAAUCGUUGUGCAAUGACGCGGUGACUAUCGUCCUCUACCGUACUGCCAUCAAUGUGAUCAAGAAUAACGAUGCCUCGGCCGUUCCAAUCAGCGCUUUCGGAAUUGUUGCUACCUGCCUCUGGCAGUUCUUCAUUGUCUGCGUCUGUGGAAUCGGAAUCGGACUUAUCUGCGGACUGAUCGGAAUUUCUCUUAUGAAGUAAGAAUUCUUUAAUUCUCAAUUAAAAAAUGUUCUUUUUAGAAUGAUGGUCGGCCAUCAAAUCAACCAGCCUGUCAUCCAUCUGUGCUUCCCAUACUUGGCUUACCUUGCCGCUGAAACUAUCCACUAUUCUGGAAUUCUAGCUUCCAUCUCGUGUGCAGCUCUCAUGGCCCUGUACAUGCCUGCUAACAUGUGCGUGGAAAUGGAAUUUGCAGCCUUCACAUUCUCGAAAACUGGAUCUUCUCUGUAAGUAAAUAUGCAGGCACCGAAAAGUCCUUUUACCAAAUGUUCCAAAUGUUCAGGAGCGAGUCGUGCAUCUUCUUCUACCUCGGUGUCUCUCUUGUCUCGAGCAAUCAUGCGUUCGACCCAUACUUCACUGCAGUUUGUAUUGUGUGUUGCUUCGUCUAUCGAUUGUUUAGUAAGUACUGUCUUGUCAAACUUAAUCCUAAGUGUGCACUCAUUUCAGUCACUGUCCUACUGUCAUCGUUCUACAAUCUUUUUGUGUCCGAAAAACAAAAAAUACCCUUCCCUGAUCAACUAAUAGUCACACACGCCGGAAUCCGUGGAGCUGUCUGCUUCGGUCUUGUUCAGAUCAUCGACGAGCGAAUCAUUCCCGCGAAACCGUACUUUGUCACCACUACACUCAUCAUGAUCUUCUUCACGUCCAUAUUCCAGGUGAGCUCACUCUUAAACAGAGAAUUAAGCCAUGUAAAAAAGAAAAAUUUCAGGGCUGCACUAUCAAGUAUGUGAUGCGCUGUCUCAAGAUCCCGGGAGAUGAUGGCACCAAACAAGAGGAUUCCAAGCUUCUCAAGUUACUUUCUCGUUUCAACAACAAAUUCUUGAAGAAAUGGCUCACUUCCGAGAACACCUGUUAGUUAUUGUUGUGAAGAGUGUAAAAUCAUGGUCUUUUUUACAGAUGUGCCAACCGAUGGAACCUUCAGAAACCUUGGACUCCCGAAAGCCGUCAGUACUGCUUUGAGAAUUGGAGAGCGCAGUCAUACUGAUCUGUAUGUAAACAUUUUUUGCUGAAAUUCAUAUUAAUUGUGUUUCAGCACUCGUCACGGAGAAGUCUCGCAAGAGCCUGCCCCAGUUUCGAUUGGCCGUCCGACCGUCGCUCCGUUCACCGUCGACUUCAACACCGACGACGAGAACUGCCCGCUGAGCACCGGAAGACGCACCCCAGUCGCCAGAAACCCAUCCCGCUACUCUCGCCACUUCAUCUACACGUCCGCCGCUAAUGAACUUGAGAACUACCUGACAUGCCCCGUCAGCGGACCGAAACGCCCAACUUUCGACCCGAACCGUUAGUUUUAUCUGAAGUGACACGACUUCUUCAAUUAAUUGAACAUUUUCAGAGCUGUACCACAACCAGAUGACGAUCAGCAACACCGGAGACGUCGACAGAUCCCGCUGCAUCAACCGUCGCCACAACAGCAUGGGAGCGGAGAGCAUCGAACUGAAACAUCUGACCAAGGGACAGCAGCCGGCCGAGAGAAAAAGUUGGUUGCAUCCCUGUCCAUUGCAGAAUGAUUGAUUGUAAUUGUGUUUUGUCUUAUAGUUAGCCGCACGGUUACCAGUGGAAACAAGAAGUUUGUUGUGAACCCAGAAGACCUGAUUCGCGAGGAGUCCCCGUCGACCACCACCAAGAAAGCGACGUUCGAAACCGACGAAAUCUCGAAAAUCGAUGACUCCGAAUAA